AUGGUCAUUCAGCAUGAUUCUCGAGCAAGUGGCACCGGCACAGCAGGGUCAGCUACAAGCCACCAACCUUCCCUUGCAUCAGUGCUUUCGGGACAAGACCCGAUUCAGCUGCCGCAAGGAGAGAACCAGACUGGUUUCCAGCUCGAAGAACACCCAAUCGACGAAUUUCCUUCCAUAAAGGUCGCUGUCAUUGGAGCAGGAAUCACUGGAAUCACAUGCGGCGUGUUCCUGCCAGUCAAGGUCCCCGGGAUCGACUUGACCAUUUUCGAGAAGAACUCUGAUGUGGGAGGAACAUGGUUUGAAAACAUCUAUCCUGGCGUGCGAUGCGAUGUCCCCGCCAAUGUCUACCAGUCCACAUUCGAGCCUCGAACGCAGUGGACAGAGGAAUUUGCACAGGGACGAGAAAUCCGCGAUUACUGGCAAUCAGUAGCCAAAAAGUACGACGUGUACAAAUACCUGAGCCUCAACACCGAAGUCAAGCAGGCUCAAUGGGACGAGACCUCUGCAAAAUGGGUCGUCAACUCCACCAAUCUGUCCACCGGCGAGACCAGAACUGAGCAAUACGACAUCGUCAUUACCGCCAUCGGCCGCUUCAACGCGUGGAAACUGCCCAACAUCCCCGGCAUCAGCGACUACAAGGGCCACCUCCGGCACUCGUCGAACUGGGAUCCCAGCUUCGAUCCCACCGGCAAGCGCGUCGCCGUAAUCGGCAACGGGGCCAGCGGCAUCCAAGUCGUGCCCGAGCUGCAGCGCGUCGUCAGCCGUCUCGACCACUACGCGCGCAGCAAGACCUGGAUCUCCGGCACCGUCGGCGCGGCCGGCGAGCGGACACUUGCGCCAAAAUACUUCCCCAAAGAGAAACUCGAGUCCUUCGAGGACCCGAACACGUACUACGACUUUCGCAAACAGCUCGAGAACAAAUUCUUCGCGCGGUUCGGCGGCUUCUUCAAAGGCGCCGACAAGACCGAAAAGUCCCGCGCGGAAUUCACACGCAUCAUGGCCGACCGACUUCAAAAGAAACCACACCUCCUCGAGCACAUCCUCCCCGACUUCUCCCCCAGCUGCCGCCGCCUGACGCCCGGGCCGGGCUACCUCGAAGCCAUCGCCGAAGACAACGUCGACUUCAUCCGCACGCCCAUUGAGCGCUUCACCGCCACAGGCAUCCGCACUGUCGACGGCACCGAGCGCGACGUCGACGCCAUCAUCUGCUCCACGGGGGCAAACGUCGACCUCGCGCCCCCCUUUUCCAUCAUCGCCGGCGACACCGAUCUCAAGACCGCCUGGAAACCAGACGGCAAGCUCGGGUUCCCCUAUACGUAUCUCGGCGUCGCGGCGCCGUCUUUUCCCAACCUCUUCUUCCUGCAUGGCCCCAACUCGUCCGGCCCCUCGGGCACCUUUCCCAGCACGGCCGAGGCGCAAAUCACGUAUCUCGCGAAAGUCCUGCGCAAGGUCCAGCGCCAGGGCAUCCGCACCAUCGUGCCCCAGCAGAAAGCCGUCGACGAUUUCGUCGAGCUCAUUGAUGCGUUUUUCCCCCGCACCGUCAUGAGCGAGAACUGCAGUUCCUGGGCAAACGGCGGCCGUCCGGGAGCGAGAAUCCAUGGGUAUUGGCCUGGUAGCGCCCUCCAUACAAAAUAUGCGAAGCAGGAUCCCCGCUGGGAGGAUUUCGAAUAUACGUAUCGCUCGCCUUCCGGGAACAGGUUUGCGUAUUUUGGAAACGGGUGGACGAAGAAGGAGUUGAUAGAGGGCGCGGAUUUGACGCCGUAUCUCCGCAAGCCCGAGGAUAUUGAUCUUAGGUCGUAUCAUGAGUUGUGGCAUGAUGUUUAG